GCUUUCCUUUCUUAACCAAAUAUAUAAAUCAAUGUCUUCUUCUUCUUCUUCCUCUUCCUCAGCCAACCCAAAUGGACUCAGUCUCCACGCCUCAAUCAAUCUCACCAUAACCAUUCCAAUUCCCAUUCCCAAAAGGGUCCUCAGAAUCAAACUCUGUAUCCCCAAUGGCUUCAUUUGCUUUGCUCUUGUCAGAUUUCUUGGUCUCAUUCAUGUGGGUCUGGUCAGGGGUUCUCAUUAAGAUCUUUGUUUACACUUUUUUGGAUUUAGGACAUGAACCCAUUGGAGAGGUCAUCAAAUGUUCUCUUUCCAUUAUCAAUAUGUUCUUUUUUGCUUAUUUGGCUAAGCUCACCAAUGGUGGGGCUUAUAAUCCUCUUACUGUAUUGUCUUCUGCAAUUUCUGGAGAUUUUGGUCGUUUUCUCUUCACUGUUGGGGCUAGAAUCCCUACUCAGAUUCUUGGAUCCAUUACUGGGGUGAGGUUCAUAAUUGCAACAUUUCCCGAAAUAGGUCUUGGGCCACGUUUGAACGUUGAUAUCCAUCGAGGCGCAUUAACAGAAGGCCUUCUCACUUUUGCAAUAGUAACUAUCUCUCUAGGACUUGCAAGAAAAAUCCCAGGUAGUUUCUUCAUGAAGACAUGGAUCUCAAGUGUCUCCAAGUUAGCUCUUCAUAUACUCGGCUCUGAUCUGACCGGCGGUUGCAUGAAUCCAGCUUCUGUACUCGGUUGGGCUUAUGCUCGCGGUGAUCAUAUUACCAAGGAACAUAUUCUUGUCUACUGGCUUGCCCCAAUAGAGGCGACUCUACUCGCAGUAUGGACAUUCAAGUUAGUGUUUCCACAAAAAGAAGAGAAAGUUGUUAGUAGCAGCAAGACUAAAUCAGAAUGAACAAAUUAAGAUUCUCCCACUUAGACUUAGAAGAUAGAUUUGGUCAUCUAUCUCCUCACUUUCAAUUCAAAUGUAUAUAAGCUUGUUGUACUUUCCUACUUGCAACUUAUUUGUUAUUUUUGCAUCUUGUACAAAUCUCAAUCUAUGUGUGUGCAAUUGGUUUUAAGGCCAUGAAUUUGUGCCUUUUGUAUUUUAUGGUAAAUUUUCUUAGUAAAUUGUUUUUUUUUUU